AUGGCAAAGAUCAAUAAAAAAGAUAAACUUGGAAGAAAAAAGGACGGAAUAUCAAAAUCUCGCAAAUCAGGAUUUACAAAAUUUUCUUAUCAAUCAGCUCGAGGAAAAUCAUUUAAAUUUGCUCAGAAAAAAACAUUGGAUGUCAGAAAACAUAUAUUUAAGCCAUAUGGCCGUGGAAAUUUAUCAAUGAUGAAUAGAAAAAAUUUUAAAAAAGGAAAUAAUUCAUUUUUUUUUAAAAAUAAAAGAAAAAUUGGAAAUAAAUUUCAUGGCAGAUCAUUUGGUAAUACUGGCCGUGAAGCUUUUUUGAAAAAAUCACGCGGAAAUAAUUUCAGAAAGGGAAGAAAUGCAUUUAAAGGUGGAAAAAAAAGAACUGUCUUUUUUAAAAAAACACAAAAUUUACAUGAUAAAAUUGGAAAAUUAACAUCCAAGGAAUUGGAUGACGAAUUAGAUAACUAUAUGGGAUCCAGUAAUGUCAAAACCAGAUUGGAUAAUGAUUUGGACUCAUACUUUAAAAAUAAUGGAACUUUACAAACUGAUAUGAACGAAGGAUUUAAUAAAAUGGGUGAAUAA